CAUUAAAUUAAUGAACAUGUUUUGUUUGUUUUACCUUAUUCAUAUCCAAAAGGUCUUGUGAGAUCUGCCUGUACUUUGAUUAAGAGGCUAUUUUUGUAUCUAGCUGUCCUUUCAGUGGCGAUAGCCACAGAUCAGUUGUGUUGCCAGUCGUCCCCAGUAAGGAGCUAAAGUAUCCCUCUCUUCAUAAAUGGUUUGUGGUCAACAUGUUCUCAUUUGUGAAGCCAGCAACAUGUGAAAACCUGGUGUAUUUCCACUGUGAUAUAGAGAUCUGUAAAGGAUCCGAAUGCUUACAGUCCUGCAGCAAUGGUAGGUUGAGCUUAAGCCUUUUGAUUCUUAAUUAAGUUUAAUAAAUCUAUCUUCUGUUAUUGUUUGUCCGAUGCUUUCAGGGAGGCGUAAAUUAAGAAGAAUCACACCCGGACAGAGGAUUCUUUCCAGUGUAGUCUCUGGUGGACCACUUCUUUAUCUACUGUAAAUAACCAGAAAAAGACUGCUAUUUCAAAUCAUAUUUGAAAGCAAAGUUGAGAACAGUUUAUUGAAGAACUGUCCAAGAUUUGUAAUAAAUAGAUCUGUUACUCAAUACGAUGGCCGGCUGUUUCUCAGAAUAAACCCCAGUCGUCUGUAACAAAAAAAGAAAAAAGAAAUUGCUUUUCAACAGUGGGAAAGGCUAGUAUUAUUUCAUAUAAAUAAUGUUUUAUUGUUAUAUAUGUCCUUUCUUUAAUCACUUUACUGGCUCUUGUUUAUUUUGGCUGGUUGGGAAAUAUUAUAUUGGAAAGUGCAGAUGGAUCAUGUGAUAUAUGUAUUAAAGUAUGUACCCCAUGCUCAAAAGGAGGACCAUAUAAUUAAUUUGCAGAUCACUUUUGCCAAAUUUCCCAUUUUCAAAUGACUGGUUCUAAAUUUUGCUUUCAAGCAGGGCAACCUGUUAAUGUUUUUGAUUUUAUUUGUUUUGAUUAAUUAUAUGAACAAGUCGGCUAAAUUACUUUUUGUUUUCUAUUUGAUAUUUCUACUAUUAAUACAUUUCAAUACAAAUCUAGUUUAACAAAAAAAAAAGUCCAGGCAGACUUUUAUUGUGGUGGAGGAGCUUUGGUCAUGUGCCCCGAAUCGACCAAUAGAAUAAGAGUGGAUUGGUUUACGGAAGUGAUUGAGCAAGCGCGUCGUCUGUAAAACAACACAGAGAGAGAAAUGUGAGAAGAAGUUGCUAUUUUGUAACGUUUAAUACCGUCUGUGGGCACUAACACCAGCCAAACACUGUCCCUGUAAGAUUUACUUAAGGAUUUCGUUCGUCCGUCCAGCUCCUUACACUGCUAUUUGCUGGUUUAGCUACAAGUUAUCAGUUAUGUCCAAAACAACGAGAUUGGACCCAAAAGAAAAUGAGUCAAAACACCUGCCGAUCUAUCAGCACAAAGCCAAUCUAGUUCAGACUGUCAAAGAAAGCACUUUUCUGGUCGUCACCGGUGAGACUGGCAGCGGGAAAACCACACAGCUUCCGAAGUACCUGCAUCAAGCAGGCUUUUGUAAAGAUGGCAAAAUCGGCAUCACGCAGCCCCGUCGGGUGGCUGCCAUCACGGUGGCCCAGAGGGUUGCCCAGGAGAUGCAGUGCACUCUGGGUAGAGAGGUGGGCUACCAAGUACGCUUCGAUGACUGCACAUCACAGAGCACGGUGGUGAAGUACAUGACAGACGGCUGUUUGCUGAGAGAGAUCCUGGCAGAUCCUGUACUCUCUCAGUACAGUGUUGUAAUCUUGGAUGAAGUCCACGAACGCAGCCUCAACACAGAUAUUCUCCUUGGUUUAUUGAAGAAAAUGUUCUGCAAACCUGCAAAGGCCCCCAAGGGUCGAGCUGUCCCUCUGAAGGUGGUGGUGAUGUCCGCCACCUUGGAAGCUGAAAAGCUUUCUGCCUUUCUCGGCGACUGCCCCGUCUUUGCUAUUCCUGGGAGGACUUUUCCUGUCACGAGCACAUUUGGGUUUGCUGUCGGACCUAAAGACACAGAGAGCACUGGCUAUGUAAAAGAGGUGGUCAAAGUGGCCCUUGAUGUACACACCAGUGAAAUGGCUGGAGAUAUUCUUGUGUUUUUGACAGGUCAGUCAGAGAUUGAGCGUGCCUGUGACUUGUUGUUUGAAAAAGCCGAGUCUAUAGACUACCGCUACGAUGUGCACGACCGAACAGUGGAGGGCCUUCUUAUUCUGCCUCUUUAUGGAUCCAUGCCCACUGAUCAACAGAGGCAGAUCUUUCAGCCUCCACCUCCAGGAAUAAGGAAGUGUGUAGUGGCCACAAACAUUGCAGCUACAUCUCUCACCAUCAAUGGCAUAAAGUACAUUGUAGACAGCGGGUUCGUGAAGCAGCUCAACCACAACUCAAGGGUGGGCAUGGAUAUCUUGGAGGUGGUGCCUAUUUCAAAGAGCGAGGCUCAGCAGAGAGCAGGCCGAGCUGGAAGAACCUCAGCCGGGAAAUGCUAUCGAAUCUACACCAAGGAAUUCUGGGAGAAGAGCAUGCCUGAAUAUACAGUUCCGGAAAUCCAGAGGACGAGUCUGACUGCAGUGGUACUCACGCUCAAGUGCCUGGGCGUUCAUGAUGUCAUCAGAUUCCCUUACCUGGACUGUCCAGAGGAGAGGUUCAUUCUCGAGGCAUUAAAGCAGCUCUACCAGUUUGAUGCCAUCGACAGGAGAGGGAGAGUGACCCAACUAGGGGAACUGAUGGUGGAGUUCCCCCUGCACCCAGGACUAACCAGGGCCGUGCUCAAAGCCGCCUCCCUCCGCUGUGAGGACCUGCUGCUCCCUGUGGCCGCCAUGCUGUCUGUAGAGAACAUUUUCAUCAGGCCAGGCCACCCUGAGAAACAGAAAGAGGCAGAUAAAAAGCACAGAGCGUUGGCUACAAGUAUGAAUGACUUUGCCACUCUCCUCAGCGUGUUUCAGUCAUGUAAAUCCAGUGACAGACCCUCAGCAUGGUGUAAAGAUAACUGGAUCCAUUGGAGGGCGCUGAAGUCAGCCUUUAGUGUGGAGACUCAGCUUCGAGAGAUCCUCCUCCGGCUGCAACAGAAGAGAGACUUCCCUGUAGAAACAUUUGAUGGCAAUAAGAGUGAACUCUUCAGACGAUGCCUGUGCACAGGAUACUUCACCAAUGUUGCCAGAAGGUCUGUUGGAAAGGUGUUUUGCACAAUGGAUGGCAAUGGAUCUAUGGUUCACGUUCAUCCAUCAUCAUCGCUCUUUGACCAGGAGGCAGAGCUGAACUGGAUCAUCUUCCACGAUGUGCUGGUGACCUCGCGGGUGUACGUCAGGACCGCGUGUCCUAUUCGAUACGAUUGGGUGAAGGACUUGCUGCCUAAACUCCAUGAGGUGGACGUGUACGAGCUGAGCAGCGUCGCAAGAGAAGAAGUGACUGAGGAGGAAGUGUUAAAAUGGGAGACCAGGGAAGCAGCCAAAAGACAACCAGAGGUUUCUACUGAGGAUUUCAUGAAAAAGCUUGAGAAGCGAAACAACGAAACUUCUGUCAACGAUGCCCGUGCUCGCUACCUGCAACGAAAGCAACAAAGACAACAAAAUAAAAAUCUUUGACAGAAAGCCAAUUCAUGAAAUGUAUCACACAUUAGAUUUUUGGGUAUCUCUUUAGUAUAUGAAUAAUAAAACAUUUGUUAUAUUUCUAA